AUGAUAAAAUCUUAACGAGAAUCAUAAGAAAGGUCUAAUUAAGAAUUUCCUUCACUUUCACCUAAGAAAUCGUUUUCUAUGGUUAAAAGUACUAAUAUCAUUCAAAUUUCGUAAAGUUCAUAACAAUCUAUCCUGCAUUAAUCACUAAAAUCGAAAUAAGCAUUGGGAACACUUCUUAAUAAUAAAUUAAAUUUGGAUAACCAGAGUUCUGAAUUAGCUUUGAGAAAGUCUUUUAGGCAAGAGAAAAACUCUUUAUGCACAUUUGUUCCAAACAAAAGAGCAAUGUUGCAAAGUUAAUGCAUGGAUGUUUCAACAUAAAUACGAUAAAUUUCAUUUAAAGAAACCAACCUAAUGUAGAUAUUAAACUAGAUUUCAUACAUCAUAAAUGAAUUAAAGCAAUAUAAAAGUGAGAAAGGCUUAACUUCGUUAAUCGAAAAAGAAAUUCAUUCAAAUUCACGUUUUCAUGAUCUUUCAUUUCUUUUUGUUGAUGCAAAAAUUAAAGACCUUGUUUCUUCUGAACAAUUAUUCAAAAAAAUCUAUAAAUAAUUUACUUACACUUCUGAUAAUAGAACUAUUGUUAAGAGAAGCAAACUUGAUUCGAAUUUCCUUUAGAUGCUUAUAGAAUUUCUGAACAAGCUUGAGGAAAUGUUUCGUAAAGUUCAUGAAUCAUAAUUUUAAGGACUACAAGAAUCCAUGAAAAGUUCGAGGAUCAAACUUCUAAACAAGGAAAUUGAGGUUUAGAAUUUGUUUACUUCACAAUAGAAGAGAGAUUCCUAUUAAUAAUUAUAGUCUUUUCUUUAAUCCAAAUUCUCAAUAAACAAACGUAUUUUGGAAAGUAAAUUAUUUUAAGAUAUCAAUGAUUUGGAAGAAAAAAAUGGAUAAUUCAAAUAUAUUGAUUAGAAUAAUAGAUUUAUCUCAAACAAAAUUGAUGAUAUACUAAAAAAUAUUAAAUUUUGA